AUGAAAAAAUUCCGUUUAAACGUUGCAGACAUAGUAGCGAUGGUUCUCAUUGGGGGCACUGUUCUUCUCCUCUUCGUCUGGUUUGUAAUCCUCAAUCCGUUGUACAUUAUCUUCCAUCGUUUAUGUAAAAAGUACAUAGCCGUUUUGCGACGUCACGGUCGAAUUGAGGCUCCCCCUCCUCCCCUUCCAGUAAACACUCAGCCAUCACCAGAUCGUAUCGCAGCGAGCCAACCCAGAAACUUUAACAUACCCAUGCAGUCACCACCGAGUCACAUUGGACCCACAUCAAGCUCAGGGAAGCAGACUAACCAUCUGCAGCCUAUCCCACAAUCUGUGCCUUUACCACAGUUUCCGAGUCCAUAUACCCGCUCCACUCCCGCACCCGCACCGAAGCCAAAGUCAAAUCCAAAUCCAAAUUCACCGCCGGCCCCAACUCCCCCUGCAGGCCAUACGCCUGCAUCAAAUCUCUCCAGCCUCCCAGGUCAAUUAGACGAGAUGCGCGGCCUCACACGCCAAUUUGCAGAUCUCAUGGGCCAAGCACGAACGCCUGAGAACGAUGCGAAGCUGCGAGAGAUUUGGGCGAGCAUUACACAGCUGGACGAGUUGUCGCGUGUUGAUGCACAGCAAGUUGCGCCCGUGAUAUCAUCGCUUCCUGGGCCGAUUGUUCCACGGGCCUCCGCAAUUGAUACAACUACAACUACUACCAGUCGGGGAGAGCCGCCCAAAUGGACACUUGAUGGACGUGACUGA